UCCUAAGCCAGUGCAUUUCUGAUCCGCCCCCCUCACCCGCCCUCGGCUGCCCGCUGGCCAUGUAAGAUCUGCCUGGGUGGCCGAGGCCACAAGACAGAGGGAAGGCAGCACUGGAGCAGGUAGUGUCCAUGUUGCUGGCUAGGCUUGGGAGCCAAGGGCCAAAUAAACAGAUCUGGGCCUUGGGGGGGGCUACAGGCCCCCUCAACACUCAGAGCUUCCUGGGCCCCUGAAGCAACGUGGCUAGCCUCAAAGAUGCCAACCAACGGCUUGCACCAGGUACUGAAAAUCCAGUUUGGCCUUGUUAAUGAUGCCGACCGCUACCUGACAGCAGAGAGCUUCGGCUUCAAGGUCAACGCUUCGGCUGCCAGCCUCAAGAGGAAGCAGAUGUGGGUCCUGGAGCCUGACCCGGGGCAGGGCACCGCUGUGCUGUUCCGCAGCAGCCACCUGGGCCGCUACCUGUCAGCAGAAGAAGACGGCCGUGUGGCCUGUGAAAUGGAUCAGCCAGGCCGCGACUGCCGCUUCCUGGUCUUGCCACAGUCCGAUGGGCGCUGGGUGUUACAGUCAGAGCCACACGGCCGCUUCUUUGGUGGCACUGAGGACCGACUGUCCUGCUUUGCCACAGCCGUCUCCCCGGCAGAGCUGUGGACUGUGCACCUGGCCAUCCACCCACAGGCUCAUCUGCUGAGCGUGAGCCGUCGGCGCUACGUGCACCUGUGCCUUCAGGAGGAUGAGAUGGCAACAGAUGGCGACAUGCCGUGGGGUGUGGAUGCACUAGUCACCCUCAUUUUCCAGAGCAGGCGGUACUGCCUCAAGUCUUAUGACAGCCGCUACCUUCGCAGUGAUGGCCGCCUUGUCUGGGAGCCUGAAGCCCAUGCCUGCUACACACUGGAGUUCAAGGCAGGCAAGCUGGCCUUCAAGGACUGUGACGGCCGAUACCUGGCACCCGUGGGGCCUGCCGGCACGCUCAGGGCUGGCCGCAACACGAGGCCCGGCAAGGAUGAACUCUUCGACCUGGAGCAGAGUCACCCACAGGUGGUGCUGGUAGCUGCCAACCGCCGCUACGUCUCUGUGAGGCAAGGAAUCAAUGUCUCAGCCAAUCAGGAUGAAGAACUGGAUCACGAGACAUUCCUGAUGCAAAUUGACCAGGAAACAAAGAAGUGUACUUUCUACACCAGCACUGGGGGCUACUGGACCUUGGUCACUCAUGGGGGCAUUCAGGCCACGGCCACACAAGUUUCUGCCAACACCAUGUUUGAAAUGGAAUGGCAUGGCCGGCGGGUGGCACUUAAAGCCAGCAAUGGGCGUUAUGUGUGCAUGAAGAAAAACGGGCAGCUGGCCGCCAUCAGUGACUUUGUGGGUGAGGACGAGCUGUUCAUCCUUAAACUCAUCAACCGACCCAUCCUGGUGCUGCGUGGCCUGGAUGGCUUUGUAUGUCACCGCCGAGGCUCCAACCAGCUGGACACCAACCGGUCCACCUACGAUGUCUUCCACCUGAGCUUCAGGGAUGGCGCCUAUCAGAUCCGAGGCCGCGGCGGUGGGUUCUGGUACACUGGCAGCCAUGGAAGCGUGUGCAGCGAUGGUGACUUGGCGGAGGAUUUCCUCUUCGAGUUCAGAGAGCGUGGCCGUUUGGCCAUCCGUGCCCUCAGUGGCAAGUACCUGCGUGGAGGUGCCUCAGGGCUGCUGCGUGCUGACGCAGACCUGCCUAUGGGGGAAGCUCUCUGGGAAUAUUGAGGACUCACAGGGGGCUGACCCCAGAGCCCGUGACCCAGCAUUAAACCUUUGUUGCAGAGUUGCUGUGGGCUCAAGCUGCCCAGCCUAGUAGUGGGAAGAGUAUGCACCCUGGAGUCACGAAGUCCCCUCUGCUUGGCACUCGAGCUCUGCCCCUGGGAAAGCCCGCAGUCUGUCCAAGUCUCUCCCCUUCGCCUAUAAUCUAGGGCAAGGGCCAUGGUUAGAGGUGAGGGCUGUCUUCUGCCCCCUCACCCAUCUUGCCCCAGCUGUUGCUAGGCUUUGGGUCAGAGACUGAGAAAGGCCCCUCUAACCUUGGCUGACUUGGGGCUCAAAGUCCACAACUGAGGGCAAAGGAGACCCAUGAAGUUGCAAGCCUAAGCCAGGGAGCAUGUGCUGGCCUCAAGAGCAAUGCAGAGCUGGCAGGGAAGGCAGGAAGCUGGAAAGGAAGUGAUGGCCAGACGCACACCCUCACUGUUAGGACUGCCCUUGGCUUACCCCAAGUGACCAGGGACACAUGUCAGGGAAUAUCCCUAUCAACUCCCAGAGUGGGCCAGGUCUCAGAAUCUUGUCUGUGAGCCCAGGUGGUCCAUGGUCUGCAGGGUUCCUGAUGUCAGGCAUACCUGGUGUGUACAGGGACAUCACACAGGUGCCGAACACCUGUGUCCCAGCUGGAAUAACGGUCACUAUUUUUCCAUGA